GGAAGGAUUGAAGGAAAGAGAAGUACAGAACCGGAGAAGCCGGAGGCACCGCAGCGAGUCUAGGCGUCGGCUCGCAACUCAAUCAACUCUAUCCUAUCAAUCAUUCACCUCAAGCGGUUUCGCCGGUCACCGUUUUCCGGCAAGUAGUGCAUUAGAAGGAGCUUCUCUACUCUGAAAUCGACAAGUCCCUUCGAAAAACAUUAUCUUUGAGUCCUACUGAUUCUUAACUCUGGAAUUGACAAUCUUUCAUGACGGGAUUUAGAUGCUAGCACACUUAUGAAUGGCGUGGAGAGAGAUAAGGAAAAAGGUGGGCUGUAAGGGUAUCUAUGUUAAUAUUCUAAGAGCUUUGAACUCAACUGGCAUAGGAGAUGGAGUACGGUUAAUUUCUACAUCUGUCUGGGGCUUACCAGAACAUUAUGUUAGUGCAACCUUCCAAGGUCCUGAAAGCUGCAUUGUUUCUAACAAACCAUGCUCUAUUCGGUAUUUUCAUGCAAGUUCAGAGCUAUUUUAUAAGAGAAAAAGUGAUGAAGCAUUUGGUUUAAAAGCUCCCAAGAAAGAGAAGUAUGUGAAAAGGGACAAUAGGACCCAACCACCUGUUGAAGCUCCAUAUGUAGCUCCUAAACCAAAAAGAACGACAAAAUCAUUGCCUGAUAGAACAAUCGACAUCUUUGAAGGCAUGACUAUUUCUGAACUUGCCAAGCGCACGGGUGAAUCAAUAACUUCACUGCAAGAUAUCCUUAUAAAUGUUGGGGAGAAAGUUGAAUCAGAGUUUGACCCUAUCAGCAUUGACAUUGCAGAGCUGGUUACCAUGGAAGUUGGAGUAAAUGUUAGAAGGUUACACUCAAAUGAAGGUGUAGAACUACUACCACGUCCAGCAGUAGUUACAGUUAUGGGUCAUGUUGAUCAUGGGAAAACCUCUCUCUUAGAUGCCCUGCGUCAAACAUCUGUGGCUGCUAAGGAAGCUGGAGGCAUCACCCAACACCUUGGUGCAUUUGUUGUGGACAUGCCAUCGGGAGCAUCCAUCACAUUCCUUGACACACCAGGCCAUGCAGCAUUUAGCGCAAUGCGAGCAAGAGGUGCAGCAGUCACAGACAUAGUGGUGCUUGUGGUAGCAGCUGAUGAUGGUGUGAUGCCUCAAACUCUAGAGGCCAUGUCACAUGCAAAAGCAGCUAAUGUCCCAAUUGUUGUUGCAAUCAAUAAAUGUGAUAAACCAGCUGCAGACCCAGAAAGGGUGAGAAUCCAGCUUGGUUCUGAAGGCUUGGCAUUAGAGGAAAUGGGUGGAGAUGUUCAGGUGGUUGAAGUUUCAGCAGCAAAUAAGACUGGUCUGGAUAAAUUGGAGGAAGCUCUUCUUCUCCAGGCUGAGAUGAUGGAUCUAAAGGCACGUGUGGAGGGACCUGCUCAAGCUUACGUGGUAGAAGCAAGACUUGACCGUGGAAGGGGCCCUUUGGCUACUGCAAUUAUAAAGGCAGGUACCUUGGUCCCUGGGCAACAUGUGGUGGUCGGUGCAGAGUGGGGACGAAUAAGAGCUAUCAAGGAUAUGGUCGGGAGGGUGACAGAUAUGGCACGACCUACCAUGCCUGUAGAGAUUGAAGGGCUAAGGGGACUCCCAAUGGCUGGUGAUGAUGUCAUAGUUGUAGAAUCAGAAGAGAGAGCAAGAAUGCUUAGUGCAGGCAGGAAAAAGAAGCUGGAGAAAGAUAGGCUUCAGAAGAUUGAUGAAGGGAGGAUAGAAACUCCUGAUUUAUCAGAAGAGGUGCCUGAUAGGGUUGAGAUGCCAAUAGUAAUUAAAGCAGAUGUGCAGGGUACUGUUCAAGCGGUCACAGAUGCACUGAAAAGUCUAAACAGCCCCCAGGUUUUUGUGAACAUAGUACAUGUUGGAGUUGGCCCAAUAUCUCAAUCAGAUGUGGACUUAGCACAAGCUUGUGGUGCAUGCAUAGUUGGAUUCAAUAUACGAAACCCACCCAAUUCUGUUAGCUUAGCAGCAAAUCGAGCCAAUAUAAAGAUAAUGCUGCAUCGUGUGAUCUACCACCUUUUGGAAGAUGUGGGCAAUUUUAUUGUAGAGAAGGCUCCUGGAACUCAAGAGACACAGAUUGCUGGAGAAGCCCAGGUUCUGAACAUCUUCGAGCUUAAGGGAAGGAGCAAAUCAAAAGGAGAGGAUGUGAAGAUUGCAGGUUGUCGGGUUCUUGAUGGUUGUGUCGCCAAGUCAUCAACCAUGAGGCUGUUAAGGAGUGGGGAAGUUGUUUUUGAGGGAUGUUGUGUGUCACUGAAGCGGGAGAAGCAGGACGUGGAGACUGUUGGAAAGGGGAAUGAAUGUGGCCUUGUGAUCCGCGAUUUUGAUGAUUUCCAGAUCGGAGAUAUCAUCCAGUGCUUGGAGCUAGUGAAAAGGAAGCCAAAGUUUGUCUCAUCAGAAAGUGGGGCUGUUCGGAUAGAGUGCUGAUAAUUCAUGGGAAAGACGCAAGUCAUUGUUUAUUUUGGUAGUAUAGGAUAGAAAUUUUGUUUUCUUUUUUAACAACUUAAUUUUAUUUGCUUUGGUCUUUCUAAUAAUCAUAGGAAAAGACGUGGGAAAUUUUGAUAUUUAAGGGUCCCCUCCUAGUCACCACAAUCACCAGUAUUAUUGAUUGUCACUGUAUCUCACCAUCAAGGACAAGGAGUAUGUUUGCGAGUAGGUUGGCAAGGAGAAGAGGAGGUUGUUCAAGAAAUGGGUGUUGGGCAUAUUGAUGACAAGAAGGGGCCGUCGGAUAUUUUAUCUUGUAUACGAGCAUUAAGAAAUCACAGAGGGGGUUAGAUUAUAUGUCAAAACCGUUGUCUUAUAAAUUUUCCUUGCUUCUUAACAGGGUUUAUUUCAUGCCAGUCAGUUGAACGCACAGAAAAAAAUGUUGUGGCUUUUUUUUUAUUGCAUUCUGCAAUUCAUGACAUUUAAAGAGCAUAAUUUUCA